AUGAAUCGUCUCAUCCAGUACGGUAGUACUGACGCCAUUCCCUUCUACAAUUGCUCAUGGAAACCGGAAUCCGAGUGGUGGAGUAAUGGAGUACAACGUCCAUGGUUAGGGUAUCCAAUCACUAUAUUCGGGAUACUCAUCGAGUUACUGUACAUUCCAAUUAUUUGGAUUAUCUUCAAGACUAAAUUGAUUCGACAUACCUGUUACAAGAUUAUCGUGUUGUUGGCAAUCACUGAUAUGUGUGCAACAGCCUGCAGUUGCAUCAUCACCGGAAUCCUCUUAAUCCAAGGAGCCGUAUUCUGUGUCUACCCCACAUUCAUCUACAUCAUUGGCGGAAUCGCUCUGUGCACUUGGUGUGGUGCUUGUGCCAUAACUCUUUCCUUAUUCCUCAAUCGAAUCGUCAGUAUUGGAUUGAGAGACUAUGCGGAUAAUAUCGAGAAACCAAUGGCUUAUAUCACAAUGGUUUUAUGUGUGGUUUAUAUGUUUUACAUCAGUUUCUUCACCACUCCCGCUUGUUUUAAUUCCUUGAUUAUGGCAUGGCCAUCGGAUCCGUUGUCAGAGAAAGAGCCGAGUCAAGAGGCUUCGAAUUAUUACCGUAACUCGUCUCAAGCCUGGAAUAAUUGGAUUUUCAUCACUUGUAUGGUAUUCUUGUUCACAAUUUAUUGUGCGUUGGUCAACAAAUUGGCAAGAGGACAGAAUUCGAAGGCGUCGAGAGCGAUCUUCAUCCAAUGCUGCAUCAUCUGUUUCUUCAAUUCAUGCACUGCCAUAUUCUACAACGUACUUGCAUUCAUCACUCCAUCACCAGCAAUCCUCGUUUUCGGUCAGCUGUGUUGGUCGAUUAAUCAUGGAUGUCCUGCGUUGAUCUACGUCACAAUGAAUGACACUAUUCGGCGGGAAUUCAAAAAAUUGAUAUUCAGAGUGACGUCGACGAAAGUGGAAGAGGGAACUUCGAGUGCUGGCGUCAAAACGAUGACUCAGUCUAGGAUUUGA